AGAGGAAGAGGAAGAAGAGAGAAAGACGAAAUACUGAGCCAAUUCGACAAUGGCGCAAGCUCUUCAUCUCUUAGUGUCUUCACCAUCGUCGACUCGGACCUUAUCGAAUCUAUCUUUCUCGAGACAGACUUCCUCUUUUACAUCUUAUCCUAAGCGUCGGAUCUCUUUCAAUGUCGUGCGGAGAUCCAUAUCGGCUGUAUCCUCAGAUCUUGAAUCAUCGUCGUCAGCUAGGGUUUUGGUCUCUGAUAAUGGUAAGGGAGGUGUUUUGUCAGCUGAUUCGAGCUCCAUCGAGGUUGAUGCGGUGACGGAGGCCGAACUUAAGGAGAAUGGAUUCCGUAGUACGAGGAGGACGAAGCUCGUCUGCACAAUCGGCCCCGCCACCUGCGGGUUCGAGCAGCUGGAGGCACUUGCCGUGGGAGGAAUGAACGUCGCUCGGAUCAACAUGUGCCAUGGCACUCGAGAGUGGCAUCGUGGUGUGAUCCAAAGUGUGCGGAGACUCAACGAAGAGAAAGGCUAUGCUGUUGCAAUCAUGAUGGAUACGGAAGGGAGUGAGAUUCACAUGGGGGAUCUUGGUGGUGCACCGUCCGCCAAGGCUGAGGAUGGUGAGAUCUGGACAUUUAGUGUUCGAGCUUUUGACUCAACUCUUCCAGUCCCAGAACGUACCAUCAAUGUAAACUAUGAUGGUUUUGCUGAAGAUGUGAAAGUGGGAGAUGAACUUCUUGUGGAUGGGGGAAUGGUGAGGUUUGAGGUGAUUGAGAAGAUUGGACCCGAUGUCAAGUGCCGCUGUACUGAUCCGGGGUUGUUGUUACCACGGGCUAAUUUGACAUUCUGGCGUGAUGGAAGUUUGGUUCGAGAACGUAAUGCAAUGCUCCCCACAAUUUCUCCCAAGGAUUGGCUGGACAUCGAUUUCGGGAUUGCAGAGCGUGUGGAUUUUAUUGCAAUUUCCUUUGUCAAGUCUGCAGAAGUUAUUAAUCAUCUUAAGAGCUACAUAGCUGCACGAUCACGUGACAGUGAUAUUGCUGUCAUUGCAAAGAUAGAGAGUAUAGAUUCUUUGAAGAACUUGGAAGAGAUUAUUCAGGCAUCAGAUGGAGCAAUGGUGGCUAGAGGAGAUUUGGGUGCUCAGAUCCCUUUGGAGCAAGUCCCUGCGGCCCAGCAGAGGAUUGUUCAAGUGUGCAGGGAGAUAAAUAGGCCUGUCAUUGUUGCUUCUCAGCUGCUUGAGUCCAUGAUUGAAUACCCUACGCCUACCAGAGCCGAAGUUGCUGAUGUUUCUGAAGCGGUUAGGCAGCGGGCAGAUGCUCUGAUGCUUUCUGGUGAGUCAGCCAUGGGUCAAUUUCCAGAGAAGGCAUUAACUGUGCUUAGAAGUGUCAGCCUGAGAAUAGAGAGGUGGUGGAGGGAGGAGAAACACCAUGAAGCUAUGGAACUCCCAGACACUGCUUCUUCGAUCUCAGACAGUAUUUCAGAGGAGAUCUGCAACUCUGCUGCCAAGAUGGCCAACAAUUUGGAGGUGGAUGCCCUUUUUGUUUACACAAAGACUGGACACAUGGCAUCUCUUCUUUCACGCUGCCGUCCUGACUGCCCAAUCUUUGCUUUCACUACCACCACAUCUGUGCGGAGGCGUCUGAACCUACAGUGGGGCCUAAUACCCUUUCGCCUGAGCUUCUCUGAUGACAUGGAGAGCAACCUUAAUAGAACAUUCUCUUUGCUGAAGGCCAGGGGGAUGAUUCAGUCUGGUGACCUUGUCAUUGCCGUCUCGGAUAUGUUACAGUCUAUUCAAGUGAUGAAUGUUCCCUGAAUGUGUUGUUCUUUACUGUAGUGCUUUCAGUUUUUCAGGAUAAUUUUAUUUGAAAUUAUCUGCUAUUAUUUUCUAAUUAUCUCUAGUUAGGAACUUAUUAAUGUCAGCAAUCAACUAAGUAUAGUUCAGCA